AUGACUGUUCCAGCAACGGCGUCCUCGGGCCGCGUCGUGGGUGCGCUGGCCUGUCAGCAAGAUUCCUAUCUGCGAACCCUGGAAAGCGAGGUCCUGUCAUGCGUCAAGAGACCGCCGCCUACAUCACAGGAGGGUGGCAAGAGGAAGUCGAAAGCAGCCGCCGAGUCAGCUGAAGCAAAAGAUCCCUCCGAUUCUGGCACUCUGAUACCGCUGGAUGAUGAAGCGGCAGAGCCCAUCCCCAUUGACUUCGUCCAGCGCCAGGGCCUGCAAUGCAUCUACCACUCGCCACGGCCCCUCGCGCCAGGCACACGGGUCCGCCAGACCGUCGACUUUGACCGUCGUUGGGACCACAUGCAGCAGCAUACGGGGCAGCACCUCCUCUCGGCCGUCAUGGACAAGUGCGAUAACCUCGAGACUCUCGGCUGGGGCAUGGGCAAGCCGGGCGAGGCAAACUAUGUCGACCUACCGCAGAAACCCUCGCCCGAAGAGAUCCAGGCCAUCCAGGACCGCUGCAACGAGAUUAUCCGCGAUAGCAUGCCCAUCACGGUCGACGUUCCACAAAACGCCAAGGACGACACCCUGCCUGACGACUACGACAAGACCAAGGGUGUCGUGCGCGUCAUUCACAUUGGAGAUGUCGACAGCAACACAUGCUGGCGGCACUCAUCUUGGCCAAGACGUCACACAUUGCUCUCAUGGCUUUUGCACUCGACACAGCCCGUCCACGUGAAGCACUGUCGCCUCUUCUUCACAGCCGGCGACCGCGCCAUCAAGCUUGCGGCAAACUCCAUAGCGGCCCUGACCUCCGUCGGCAAGGUCCUGUCCUGCGGCGGCACGCCCGACCAGGUCAUCGCCAGCACAACGCGCCUGAGAGACGUCGGUGCGGAGCUACGGAGCAAGGAGAAGAGGCUCCUAUCCGAGCUGGCGCGGUUCGAAGGCGAGCGCGCGCGGGCGGCCAUCGCGGCCGGCAGGGAUGCCUGGGUCUACCGCAUCGAGGACGGCCUGGACUAUGCGAACCUUAUCGUGUCCGAGGUCAAGGACGCUGCGAUCGCCGCGGGGGCGGGGCGGUGUCAUUGCGACGGGCGAGACGAAAAGUCGGGCCCCGUUGUCGUCGAGGCCGUUCCGGCUGUCAAGGGCGGCGGCAAAGGCGAGAAGUGGCAGGGCAAGGUGACGGAGUGGCAAAAGGGCGAGCUGGAGCGUUUGCGGUUAUUGGUAGAGCCUGAGUCUUCUAAUUAA